GUUUAAAUGAAGAAGCAAAUCAAGCAUUUUCUUUAGUGAUCUCAAACAUACAUUUAUUAAAAAUAGUGCACGUUCUUUUACUGGUUUCUCAGCAUCAGAUGCGGCUUCAAACGGGGUCUACACUUUCUUACAAUCUUCCUCCCUGUAAUACAUCCCUCUCCAUCUGCCAGCUCAUUGUUUCCUGUGCAAUAAAUGCCUCACUGAGCAUGUGGCAGCCCUCUGCUCCUUUGAGUUCUUGGAAUGCUCCCAUUGGCUGCAGACUGUGAGAACCUCCAGCAAACUCCAGACUCACACAUUCAUAUGGAGAUUUGGGAGUAUAAAUAGAGGGAGAGGAGAGAGAGCUGAGCACAGAUCUGAUUUGAUCCUAACAGAGAACCAAACACAAGACACACAGCCAUGGCACCUACAAUCACUGGAUCAAUCAUCAGCAGAGAACAACUUCCACUCUCAAACAAGCUGAGAAAGCCAAUAGUGGAGAAGAUCCGCAGAGAACGAAUCAACAGCAGCAUUGAGAAGCUCAAGUCUCUUCUGGGUCAAGAGUUCCUAAAGCAGCAGCCCGACUCCAGACAGGAGAAAGCUGAAAUCCUGGAGAUGACGCUUGAUUUCUCGAGACACCAGCAGUGCUCCCAGAAUCCCUCGGCCUGCAGCUCUACUGCAGCUCAUGACGGACACUUCAGAUGUGUGCAGGAGGUCGUCAACUUCCUGUCUCAGUGUCCAGUGCGGACUGCUGAAGCACUACAGAGAAAAUCACAUACAUGUGCCGCCUCAGCUUAAUUCAUCAGCAGCUGUAAAGUUAACAUGUUAUUCUAGGUCUUUCUCUUUCAUGAGAAAAUAAUUGACUGUAUUCCUACAUUUGGAAUUCACUGUAUUUUUGCUAUUGGCAAAUCAUGCUUCAAGUGAACUGAAUCUGCUAUGUUGACAACUAUAUAUAUAUAUAUCUCACAAUGAGAUGCAAUAACAAAUUUCUAUAAACAUUUUCCUGAAUAGAUCCAAUGGGUCUUUUGAUUUUUAUUAACCUCUUGUUCUUUUUAGAAUGUUUUAUUGUUGGUGUUGUAAGUCUUACAUAAUCAACUAUGGCAAAUUCUUUUAUAAAGAUUAUUUAGGGAAAUGUAUUUUAAACGUGAGAGACUGGUCUAACAAUCAAGCACAGUGGUAAAAAAAGCACUAAAUGGAGAUGUGCAAUGUCAUCAAAUGUUUUAUAAAAAUAAAUGUCUAUUUUA